UUGGAUCAUUGACUUUUUCUUUGUUAAUUCCCUCUGGUGCAUGCAAGUUGCAGUGGAACAUAUAAACGUGCCGGCAAAUAUUGGAUUUUAUUCAUCUUAGUACGUGCUACCAUGUUAUAGCCAAUAUAUUUUGAAAAAAGCCAACACAUAAUACCUUCCUUAGUAGAAGAAAGAGCAAGAUCAACAAAAUUUUAUUGUUAGCCACCACAAGAUGGCAAUUUCUCUUUCAAAGAAGAAAUCUAAGGUUAACAAACGAGUUGAACCUAAAGAAAUUAGCUUCUUUUUUUCUUCUUUCUUAGCUAAAUUUCUUUUUCGAAUCCCUACUAUAGUCCUUAUUUUGAUUCUUAUCUUCUUAUGGUCUUCUUCUACUACUAUUAUUUCUGGUAAAGUGCUCCAUGUUUGCAUCUCAUCACGCAAACUCAACCAUCUUUAUUGCAUUUCUGCUGGCACCGAACCAAAUCUUGACAUCACGAUUUCUCCUCCCAAUGGAACUUCUCCUUCUACUUUUGUUGAACAUAAGUAUACAGCGUCAAAAAAAUCUAAUGAUGAAAGUUUCACAUCAAUUGAUACCAUGUCAAAUAUUGUUGAUAUUUCGCUACAAAAAUCUAGUCUUCUUGACAUCCCAAUUCCGCGAGUCAAUGAUAGCACAACAUCAAUUGAUACCAUGUCAAAUGUUGCUGAUGUUUUGCUAGAAAAAUCUAGUCAUCUUGACAUCCCAAUUCCAUCGGUCAAUGAUAGUUCCACAUCCAUUCCUAGUGAGAAACAAGAAAGUACAAGAGUAUCCGUUGAUUCUUUUGUAGGAAAUUACCAAAAUGUUGCUUUCAGAAACAACAUGGUUAAUAAAGGUGGUGAUGAGGAACUAGUGAUAGCGUAUAAUGAUGUGGAGGAUCAAUUGCAGGUGCAUCGUUCGUGGGCAGCAACGAGCAAAAAUCAUACAACGUGCGAUGGCAGGGGAAUUUAUGUGUAUGAUUUACCAACAAAGUUCAACAAAGAUUUGGUAGCUCAAUGUGAAAAUAUGAUUCCUUGGGUCAACCUCUGCAAGUACUUCAUGAACAACGAGGCGAUGGGAGAACCGAUACGGAAUCUUGGCAAAGGGUGGUACCAAACACAUCAGUAUUCAUUGGAACUGAUAUUUCAUUCGCGCGUUCUUAAUCAUCCUUGCAGAGUGCACAAUGCUGAUGAAGCAAAGCUUUUUUAUGUGCCUUUUUAUGGUGGACUUGAUAUUUUAAGAUGGCAUUUCAAGAAGAACGUUUCGCACGAUAUCAAGGACUCAUUGGGAAUAGACCUUGUGAGGUGGCUAGAGGCGCAAAAACAUUGGUUUCAAAAAUCAGGUAAUGAUCAUGUUUUUGUUUUAGGAAAAAUUUCUUGGGACUUCAGAAGGACAAGCACCAAUUGGGGGAGUAGGUUCUUGGAACUAGACGAAAUGCAGAAUCCGGUUAAGUUAUUGAUCGAACGACAACCAUGGCAUGUUAAUGACAUAGGAAUACCUCAUCCUACUUAUUUCCAUCCACAAUCGGACGAUGAUAUAGUGACGUGGCAGGACAGGAUCAUCAAGUCAAAUCGGAAAAGCCUUGUGUCGUUUGCUGGUGCAGCAAGGCCUGGUGCACCAGCAAACAUAAGAUCAAUCUUGAUCAACCAAUGCAAAUCAGCUAAAUAUCAAGAAUGCAGAUUCUUGAAUUGCAAUUCAGGUAAUUGUGAUCAGCCCGAGUCGAUAAUAGAACUGUUCAUGGAAUCCGAAUUCUGUUUGCAGCCUCCAGGGGACAGUCCAACAAGAAAAUCAGUUUUCGAUUCGUUAAUAUCAGGUUGUAUUCCAGUGAUCUUUGAUCCCUUCACAGCAUACUAUCAAUAUUCAUGGCAUUUACCAGAAGAUCAUAGGAAAUACUCCGUUUUCAUUGAUCAAGAAGAUGUGAGGAAUAUGAAAGUCAAUGUUGUGGAGAAGCUUAUGCAAAUUCCAGCAAAAGAAAGAGGGAACAUGAGAAGGUACAUUAUUUAUGAGUUGUUACCUGGAUUGGUAUAUGGAGAUCCAAAAUCUAAGCUGGAGAAAUUUCAAGAUGCAUUCUCAAUAACAAUAAACAAUUUGUUUCAGAGAUUGAACAAAUUGGAAUCAUGACAGACUGACAAUAUUGACUUGUAAAGUGCUGUCAAUUUUUGUUAUUUCUAUUUUUUGCCCAGUUAGUUAUAUGUAUCAUACUUUUGUAUUAGGGAAAGUGAGGAGAUUUUAAGUUUCUCUAUGUGUAAUUGAACUUAUAGU